AUGAGUCAGCGCCUGCCUCUUCGGCGAUCCCAUUUCGCCACCAUCGCCAGCGCCUACGCCCCAUCAACGGCCGGCUAUGAUGAGGCGAAGACCAAGUUCUAUGAAGACAUGCACGCCCUCCUGUCUUCUGGGCUGAAUUCGGACAAACUGACUGUUGUUUACCGUCCGCGUCGGGGAAGACCACCCUGCCUGGAGAUGAGUGCUGGGUCCCCAUGGAAUUGGCGGCUACAACCGUAUCCUUCUGCUGAGAACCUGCGCAAAACAUCGCCUUCUCCUGACCAACACCUUCUGCCGCCUGCAGACGCGAAGAAUGCGACCUGGAUGCACCCACGAUCGCGGCGCUGA